UCUCUGCUUAACUGUGGUGAAAGUAGAUGAGCUGUCUGUUUGAGGAAGAUUGUGUGAAUUUCCCCAGUUACUCAGCAACAUUGGGUUGUCAUAGAGUUGCAUCUAAGUGGUCUUGCGUUAAGAAAUUUUAUUGUCUACCACCGAAAACGAGAGUAAGCAACCAUGUCAGCUAAAGCCAUCCGGGAAGCAACAGGGAAGGACCUCAUCAACAAGAACCUGCCCGCCGGAACUGCUGCUGUGAAAUGCAACUAUGCAGCAAUUGAUGAGACCACAAACUGGGAUGAACUUUUGUUGAAAGAGCCAUGGCUGAAGACUCAGAAACUUGUCGCCAAGCCUGAUCAGCUCAUCAAGCGCCGUGGAAAGCUCGGUCUCAUCACAGUCAACACAGACUUUGCUGGUGCAAAACAAUGGAUUUCUCAGCGAAUGGGGAAGGACCAGCUGGUCGGAAAGGCCACUGGCAAGCUCCGUACCUUCAUCAUUGAACCCUUCAUUCCUCACAAGCCUGAUGAAGAAGCGUACGUUUGCAUCUACUCUCACCGCAACGCAGACACAAUUCUCUUCCAUCAUGAAGGAGGAGUUGAUAUUGGUGACGUUGAUGCCAAGGCCAGCCGAUUGGAGGUUCCAGUUGGUGAACCUAAUGCGGCUAGUGCGGCCAAUAUUACUGCCAAGCUUCUUACUAAGAUCCCUGCUGCCAAACAACCAAUGGUGGCAAAGUUCAUUGAAUCUCUAUACAAUCUGUACACCAACUUGUACUUCACUUACCUGGAAAUUAACCCACUUGUCAUCACUGCUGACAAAAUUUACAUCCUUGAUCUUGCGGCCAAGCUUGAUGCUACUGCAGAUUUUAUUUGCCGCUCAAAGUGGGGUGAAAUUGACUACCCUCCUCCAUUUGGACGUGACGCUUACCCAGAGGAAGCUUACAUUUCUGAUCUAGAUGCCAAGAGUGGAGCUUCCCUGAAGCUGACCAUCCUGAACAAGAAGGGACGUAUUUGGACCAUGGUUGCUGGUGGUGGUGCCUCUGUUAUCUACAGUGAUGUGAUCUGUGAUUUGGGAGGUGCAUCUGAGCUUGCUAACUAUGGAGAGUACAGUGGUGCUCCAUCAGAGCAGCAAACUUAUGAGUAUGCCAAGACUAUUCUUUCUUUGAUGACUCAAGAAAAGCACCCUGACGGCAAGGUCCUAAUCAUGGGUGGUGGAAUCGCCAAUUUUACCAAUGUUGCUGCUACAUUCAAGGGAAUUGUCACUGCCCUUCUUGAGUUCCAACCCAAGUUGGUAGAGCACAAAAUUUCCCUGUAUGUGCGACGUGCAGGCCCCAACUAUCAGGAAGGUUUGAGGCGAAUGCGUGAAGUUGGUCAGAAUCUUGGCAUUCCUCUGUUUGUGUUUGGUCCCGAAACUCAUAUGACCGCCAUUGUCGGUAUGGCUCUUGGAAAGACCCCAGUUCCCAAGCACUCAGAAGUUGAGUUCGCUACUGCCAACUUCUUGUUGCCUGGUGGCCAGGAGGAUUCUCCUCACCCAUCUAGGAGAGAGUCUUCUUCUACCGCUCCUCAGCUAGGCCGAUUACCAUCUCGUGAUUUUAGUGGAUCUGUUAAUGUAGCUGCCGCUAAAGGUGAUGCAUUCAAGCCCAUGGUUCACAAUAAGACAAAGGCUAUUAUCUGGGGCAUGCAGACCCGAGCUGUUCAGAGUGUUUUGGACUUUGAUUUCGUCUGCAGUAGACCAGAGCCUAGUGUCGUGGCAAUGGUGUAUCCUUUCACUGGUGACCACAAGCAGAAGUUCUACUGGGGUCACAAGGAAAUUCUUAUCCCUGUGUACAAAAAAAUGAGUGAUGCUGCUGCCAAACAUCAAAGUGCGGAUGUUCUUGUGAACUUUGCAUCCUUGCGGUCUGCUUAUGAGAGUACUGUUGAGGCAAUGAGCUUCCCUCAGUUCAAAACUGUUGCCAUCAUUGCUGAGGGUAUUCCUGAAAAUCAGACCCGUCAGCUCAUCAAGAUUGCCAAGCAGAAGGGUGUGUCUAUUAUUGGCCCUGCUACAGUUGGUGGUAUUAAACCAGGUUGUUUCAAAAUUGGUAACACUGGUGGUAUGAUGGACAAUAUUCUUCACUCCAAGCUGUAUCGCCCUGGAAGUGUCGCAUAUGUUUCUCGGUCCGGUGGUAUGUCAAACGAGCUGAAUAAUAUUAUUUCCAAGGCUACUGAUGGUGUUUUUGAGGGUGUGGCUAUUGGUGGUGACCGUUACCCUGGCACUACCUUCAUGGAUCACAUCAUGAGGUAUCAAGCUGAUCCUGCUGUCAAGAUGAUUGUUCUUCUGGGUGAAGUCGGUGGCACUGAAGAGUACGAAGUGUGUGAAGCUUUGAAAUCAGGACGUAUUUCUAAGCCCCUUGUGGCUUGGUGCAUUGGUACUUGCGCUGGUAUGUUUACUUCUGAGGUGCAGUUUGGCCAUGCUGGCUCAUGUGCCAACUCUGACCGGGAGACAGCAACAGCAAAGAACGAUGCCCUCAAGCAGGCUGGAGCAGCUGUUCCCGUUUCCUUUGACACUCUGGGUGAUGAGAUUCACGAAGUUUAUGCCCAGUUGGUGAAUAAUGGUACCAUUGUGCCUGCACCUGAGCAGGCUGCCCCAACUGUUCCUAUGGAUUACUCAUGGGCACGCGAACUUGGACUCAUUCGAAAACCAGCUUCAUUCAUGACUAGUAUUUGUGAUGAGAGAGGACAGGAACUUCUGUAUGCUGGCAUGCCCAUUAGUGAUGUAUUGAAGCAAAACAUGGGUAUUGGUGGUGUUGUGUCCCUGUUGUGGUUCCAGAGAAGCCUUCCUCCCUAUGUUUGCAAAUUCUUUGAGAUGUGUCUUAUGGUAACCGCUGACCACGGACCUGCAGUGUCUGGUGCCCACAACACAAUUGUCUGUGCUCGAGCUGGCAAAGAUCUAGUUUCCUCAUUAGUUUCUGGUCUUCUUACCAUUGGUGAUAGAUUUGGUGGUGCAUUGGAUGGUGCUGCUAAACAGUUCAGUGAAGCGUAUGACUCUGGUGCUAUCCCCAUGGAAUUUGUCAAUGACAUGCGAAAGAAAGGAAAACUUAUCAUGGGUAUCGGCCACAGGGUGAAAUCAGUCAACAACCCUGACAAGCGAGUACAGAUUAUCAAGGAAUUUGUCCUUGAGCACUUCCCAGCCACUCCCCUUCUUCACUACGCUCUUGAGGUAGAAAAGCUCACAACAUCUAAGAAGCCCAACCUUAUCUUAAACGUCGAUGGUGUCAUUGCUGUUUCAUUUGUUGAUCUUCUCCGUCAUUCUGGAUGUUUCUCACGGGAGGAAGCUCAGGAAUAUGUUGAGAUGGGAUCUAUCAACAGCUUGUUUGUUCUUGGACGCAGCAUUGGCUUCAUUGGUCACUACAUGGACCAGAAGAGACUGAAGCAAGGCCUGUACCGUCACCCAUGGGAUGACAUUUCUUACAUUCUACCUGAGCAGUACAACUGAACAUCUUAAAACUUAAUAAGAAUCUACCAGUACAAAUACCAUAAGGAGUGCAUAGCUACCAUUUUUAUCAAAGAAACGUUGGCUUUAAAUUUUAUUUGUAACUUGGCACUUGUAUUGCUUUGGUUGACAGUCAAUAUUAGUGACGAGUUGUUAUAUCAAGGACAAAAAUGUUUAUUGUAAGAAUGAAUGUAGCAGUUCUGUGUGUAUUGCACUCUAAAAUGCAUCAGUGUAUUUACAAGAAGUAAGUGCACCGUACCAAAUGCAUUUAUGUUUGCUCCAUGUUGGAGUGGUGUGAUGAAUCAGUCUCGGUUUGUUCCUAGCAAGCUGCAACAUUUUGUGAACAUACUAUGGGAGGAUUCAUAAUGCCAUUGUUGUGUACAUAUGCACUACAGUUUUUUGUGUAGUGUAGUGAUACUAUUUAAAAGAGCUAAUGUAGGGCGGGUGGUCAUGAGAGAGUUGACUUCCACUUACUCAGCAAGUCAAAUGGCUUGCUGUGAUCUGUUUUUAUUCAUCUGUAAAUAGGAUUGUUAGUCUGUAAUAGUGGGAGUGGACUCGUUUUUAUAACUUGGUGUAAGGCUGUUAAAAGCACAUGUCUGUGAACGAGUGACAAGUGUGGAGUAGCUCCCUUAGCCCUUUCAUCUGCUCUCUUCCACACUUUCACAAUAAAAUAACUUAUUAAAACA